AUGGAGGAAACAUUCGAGCAGAUGCAGGCGCGGCACCGGAAGGAGCUUCGAGACCUACAGGGGCGCAUUACCAACAAGAAAAAGAACGCGACCAAGAAGACGCGCAAGUUCGUCAACGACGAGUGCGCCGAGCUCGAGCGCCAGACCAAGGAGCGCCAUGAGGAGGAACUGAGGAGACUUAUGGGCGACGCAGAUGAGCCCAAUGGCGUGGACGGGCAGCCGCUCGACGACCGAGAACGACCACAACCAGGGCCGCGAGACGAAGAAGACCAAGACCAAGCCCUAGUCAACAACCUCGCCGACAGAUUGGAGUCCACAACAACCCUCGCUCCCCGACAACAGCAGACACAGUCUCAAACACAACAAGAACAAGCACAAGCACAAACACAACAGCAACAGCAGCAGCCGCCGCCCCAAGAACAAAAACCAAAACGCAACCGCCAAAAAGAGCGCCUCGCCCGCCGCCAGGCAGAGCAAGAAGCCGCCGCGCGCGCGGCCGAGUCCGAGGCCGCCGGCAUGACGGAUCAUCGCGCGGCCGAGCGCCAGGCCAUGCGGCGCGCGUUUGCGGCGCACGCCCUGCGCGAGCGCGAGAUCGCGCCCGACGGGCACUGUCUCUUUUCUGCGGUCGCGGAUCAGCUGGAGGCGCUGGACAUUCCGCUUUCGCCGAAACAUGAUUUAAAGGGGAAGGAGGGGAACGGGGAGGAAGGGUUGGUGGAUGUGGUGGGGGAGAGAGCUAAGGUGGCGCCGUAUCGGGUUGUCAGGCGGGCUGCGGCCGAGUGGAUUAAGGCGCAUCGGGAGGAGUAUGAGGGGUUUAUUCAUGAGGAAGAGGGCGGGGUGGACAAGUAUGUGCAAAAGAUUCGGGAUACGGCCGAGUGGGGUGGCCAGCUGGAGCUCGCUGCCCUUGCGAAUGCGUACGGGGUGGAAAUUCGGGUCGUGCAGGGCGGGGAGAGGGUCGAGGUUAUUCGGCCUGCUGCUGGGGCUGUUGUUGACGGACAAGAGGGGGAGGAGAACAGGAAGGGGGAAGAAGGGAGGAGGACGAUCUGGUUGGCGUACUAUCGGCACGGGUACGGGUUGGGGGAACAUUAUAAUUCGUUGAGGAGAACGACGGGGUGA